GUGAGUUGUUGUUUAUGUUUCUAAGACUGCAGGGUGGGAGAUGCAACAAUGGUCUUGAGAACAGCAGGAAGUGUGUUGGUGGUCUUUCUCUGGUCUGUAGCAGUGGUACUGGGUCAGGAUGGCUGGAGUGUUACAUACACCACUCAGAGUAUCUGUACCUUGAAGGGGUCAACAGUGAAGAUGUCCUGCUCUUACACAUAUCCCAGUGUUUAUACAGUCACAACAACCUUCUGGUUCACUAAAUAUGAUGCUAUUAUGAUGAAUUAUGUUAGUCUGAAGGAUGACCCAGACUACAAAGGACAUGUGACGUACCGUGAGGAUAAAGAGAAUGGUCACAUCCUGACAAUCACAGACCUGAGAGAGAGUGACUCAGCUACAUACAUGUUCAGAUUUACAGAUCAGACUGGGAAGUGGAGAUAUACUGGCAAACCUGGAGUCACUCUGUCUGUUACAGGUCUUCAGGUGAAGGUGACUGGUGGACAUCAGGAUAAGACACUGACCUGUAUCACCACCUGUACUCUGACUGACAACCCCACCUACAUCUGGUACAAGAACGGACAACAUCUAGAUGAGAGCACCUCCCCCCAGUACAAAGACCCAGUCUCCAGUAACUAUGAAGACAGCUACUCCUGUGCUGUAAAAGGCCAUGAGUAUCUCCUCUCUCCUGCAGUGUGUGUCCAGGGUCAGGACUGCAACAGAGUGACUUACACCAAGAGGACAAUCUGUGCCUUGAAGGGGUCAUCAGUGGACAUAUCCUGUACUUAUUUCAUUCUUUAUAACAUCACAUCAUCACUCUGGUUUAGUCCUAAACAGAGAUCUAGGUGGAGGGAUGAGUUGAUCCCUGAGGACCUAACCUCAAACCCAGGGUAUGCAGGUCGUGUGGAGUAUGUUGGAGAGAAGGAGAGAGGUCACUCCACCCUGAGAAUCACAGAUCUGAGAGAAGAGGACUCUGCUGAGUACAAGUUCAUAUUCAACACACAGACAUCAAGAUGGGGACACAGUUUCCCUGGAACAACUCUGACUGUCACAGACCUGCAGGUGAAGGUGACUCCUGCCACAGAGGCAGGGAAGAGGACACUGACCUGUAGCACCACCUGUACUCUGACUGACAACCCCACCUACAUCUGGUACAAGAACGGACACAAAGUAAAGGAGGACACUUCCAGCCUGUACUCAGACUCCUUUAGUGAUGCAGACAGUUACUCCUGUGCUGUAAAAGGCCACGAGGAUCUCCUCUCUCCUGCAGUGUGUCAGAAGUGUUGGAGUGUGACUUACACCCAUCAGAGUAUCUGUGCCUUGAAGGGGUCAACAGUGGACAUAUCCUGCUCUUACACAUAUCCCAGUUACCAUGAGAUCAAACAAGCUUUCUGGUUUACUAAAUGGUCUGGUAUGGAGGCUGAAGAUCUGAGCUCAGCACCAGGGUAUGAGGGUCAUAUAGAGUACCUUGGGGAUAAGAAGAGUGACUGUACCCUGAGAAUCACAGACCUGAGAUUGAGUGACUCUGCUCGGUACAGAUUCAGAUUGAUAACAUCAGGAGAUCAGUUUUCUGGCUCACCUGUCUCCCUGACUGUCACAGAUGUUGUGUUGGAGAUGGAUCCUACAUCUGUGUCAGAGGGGGAGAAUGUCACACUGAGAUGUAGAACCAACUGUACACUGAACCCCAUCACAGUCUACAGUUGGUAUAAGAAUGGACAGUCUAUACCAAACAGCAACACCUCCUCUCCUGUCUAUAUCCUAUUCUCAGUCAGCAGUGGGGAUACAGGCAGAUACUCCUGUUCUGUAGAAGGACAUGAGGAUCUCCCCUCUGCUGAAGAGACUCUCACUGUCACAUAUGGUCCAAAGAACACCUCAGUGUCAGUCAGUCCCUCUGGUGAAAUAGUGGAGGGCAGUUCAGUGACUCUGACCUGCAGCAGUGAUGCCAACCCACCUGUGGACAAAUACACCUGGUACAAGAAGAACGUAACCUCACCAAAAGCAUCAGGACAGAGUUACAGCAUCACUAACAUCAUCUCUGAGGACAGAGGAGAAUACUACUGUGAGGCUGAGAAUAAAUAUGGACGUCUCAUCUCCUCUUCUGUGUUUGUGGACGUUCAGUAUACUACAGCAUUGUUUCGCUGGGUUCCUGUGAUGGGGGUGGGGGCUGUCCUGACUGCUGGAGCUCUUCUUGUCACCAUCUACUGCUAUAUGAAGAGGAGACACACAGGAGGAAGUGAUGACACAGCAGACAGACAGAGUGUCCAUCCUGACCCCAACAGUGACAUGUACACAUCUCUGAACAUGAAGACCAGGUCACCAGAGUAUGACACCCUGGCAAAUGUGAGGGACUUCGCAGUGACACAGCCCUCAGAUACAUGCUGAGCUCUCCGAUUAUGAGAACUUAAGAGAACCACCACAGAACCUGGACAGAAGAGAACCACCACAGAACCUGGACUGAAGAGAACCACCACAGAACCUGGACUGAAGAGAACCAAAACAGAACAUGGACUGAAGAGAACCAAAACAGAACAUGGACUGAAGAGAAUCACCACAGAACCUGGACUGAAGAGCAACAGCAUCAAACCAAAGCUAGGCCUCACAAUGUUAUUCUCUCACUAUGAUAUUGCUUUUUAAUCUAUAAGCUUUGAGACAAUGAGCUUUAACUUUUGAGUUGAGUAUCUGGAGCAUCAGCAUUUGUGGGUUCAUUUACAGGCUCAACAUGUCAACUGUCUGUAGAUUGUAUUGCUUAUAUUUUUUAUAGGAUUUUGCCAAUUCCAGAUUUUUAUAACAUAUAAAGUUUUGGCUUGUCUUAGUGACACAAAAAUUAAUUAUAUUGACAAGAGAUUUUAAAUAUUUGUAUCUCUGGAGUUGUUCCUGAUGUGUUAAAAUAUAUUUUACUUUGUAUUGC